AUGAUGACCAUAACAAGAACAACAAGUACAACAACAAUAACAACAGAGAUUUCUCAAAUGGAGACAACUUCAGAAAUAGACCCUGGAUCUAAUAGUACAGAUAAUAAUACUUGUUCUUGUUCUUGUUCUUCACCUUUAUUAAUACCUGAUACUGCCAAAUCUAAUCAUAUUCAUAAACCAAUAGCUAGAAGAAACAUUCCAAUUGAAUUAAACGACGAUAAUAUUGAUUCAUUAAACUCCACAGAAAAAGAAAAUAAUAAUAUGACAAAAUGUAACUCCAAUACAAAAAUUGAAUCUUCUUCUUCUUCUUCUUCAUCUAAUUCAACUCCACUUAUACCCCCUGAUAUUCAUCGUGCAUGCAAAAGAUCUUCAUCUUCUUCAAAUGAUCUAAUAUAUGAAAGAGAUAGAUUUAGAGCCAGAUUGAAAAGUUUUAAUGAUACACAAUUGCAUAAUAAUAAAAAUGGACCACCACCGCCACCACCACCACCGCCUCCUCAAUCAAUAACAACAACAACAACAACAAGAGAAUCAUCAACUAACUCAACUAUCAAUGGUUUUAAAGAACUGUGUGAAAUAUGUGAUGCAAUAACUGUUACUGUGAAAACAACAAAAUUAAAUAUUGAUAAAAACCCACUUGAUAAUUCAACAAUGUUUUAUAAACUGUUACCUAAUUAUUAUCCUGAAAAGGAGGACGGGAAAGUGAUGAUUCCAGUAAAACAAUUAAAUUUAACUCAAUUAUUGGAAGUUUUUAAAUGGUAUUUCAAUUCUAAUUUACCCAAUACAAAAGUUAUGUUCCCCUGGCUUCAUGGAUUUCAUAAAUAUAAUUUUGCUCAACGAUCAUUUUUUUUACAUCAACAACAACAAUUACAACAGAAACUAAAUAGUAGUAAUACCAAUUUCCAAGAUUCUAUGAAUCAUAAUGAAUUGUUUAGUGAUUGUCAUUUAUCUCGACCAGAUAAUAUUCGAUUUUUAAUGUGUAUUAAUGAUGAAAGUUUACCAGUUAAUUUACAUAAUACUGUGAAAUUAACGGAAAUAUUAACUAAAAUUGAUGUGUCUAAAUCAGAAAUUAAAGAAAUUGUGAAAAAAAUAUGGUUAAAUGAUAAUGAUAAACAUGAAACAGAAAUUGAUAAUCAAUUUAUUGAUUUGUUGGUGAAUGAUUGUAUAAAAUUGAAUGUGUUACCUAUAUUUUUAAAUUUGGAUCCUGAACGAGGAGUUUCAUUAAGAAAUUUUCAAAUUCAAGUGGCAAAAUUAUCUAGUUGUUCAGAUUUUAUAAUUUAUGGUAUUGAUGAUAUGAAAAUUCAAUCAAUAACAAGAAUUAUUUGGUUGGCUCAAAGAUAUGAACGUCAACAACGAGAAAUUGAAAUUAAAGAAUUACGUACUGAUGAUGGUAACCUACAAACAUAUAGUAUAUUUGUUUUAAAAGAUGAUUUAACAACUUGCUAUGAAAAAUCUUCAUCUUCAUCUUCAUCUUCAUCUUCUUCCUCAACUAUUGAUACAAUGACAACAACAAUGGCAUUACAAUCAUUUGCUAAAUAUCUGAAAAUUGAUACUUCAGGGUUAUUUUAUAAACCAAAUGAUCAAUAUCUUUUAAAUGAUUAUAAUUUACCAUUAUAUGAAAAAAUUGAAACGGUGAAAAUGUCAUCUGCUACAAAAAUAUAUCAAAAUGUAUGGAUUGGUAAUUUUUGGGAUUAUCAAAACAUGUUGAAUUAUUUAUCACAAAAUAAGUCAGUGGAGACCACCAAAGAAAAUUUAAAGGAUUAUUAUUGUCAACCAUCAAAUUCAAUUACCACUACUACUACUACUACUACUACUACUACUACAUCUGAACUCGAUUCAUUAUCAUUACCUCAACCAAAAGCUAAUUGGAAAUUAUUUAUUCGAUGUCAUAGUGAAGCUUCAUUCCCAGAUUUACAAGAUUUAAAUCAUUUAUUAUUUAAAUAUACUAUAUCAUCACAUGAUCAAUCAGAUGAAAUUCAUCAUUUAGAAUUCCCCCCUCUGGGAUCAAUUGGAAUUGGUGAUUGUAAACAAGAAAAUUUACAACUGAUAAUUAAUACUUGUAAAUUAAUUUAUCUAUAUUCAUCAACCACAACUACCAAUCCUUCAUCAGGGUUAAAUUCAUUGAUUUAUUGUACUGAUGGAUAUACUGAACUGUCAUUAUUAUUAUUUUGUUAUUUAAUGUAUUCAUUAAAUAUUUCUUUGGAUGAAGCUAUAUUAAAAUUACAUUUAACUUAUGGUAGACCAUUUUAUAUUUUCCCUAGUGAUGUGAUUAUUUUAAGAAAAUUACAACCAUUAUUAAAGAAAUUUAGUCCCAACAAUAGUAGUACUAGUAGUACUGUUACUAGUAGUGGUGAUAAUUUGAUGAAACGACAAAUUGAUUGGGCAAAUUUAGAAAUUCUUUCAUCACAAGAAAUUAAUGAAUUAUUAUUAGGUUCACCAAAAGAAAUAUCUCAAAAUACAAGAUUAGGAUUUAUUUCCCCAAAUGAAGAUGAAGAGGAAGAUAUUAAUAGUGAUUCAAGUUCUGAAUUUGUUGAUGAUGAUAUUGAUUGGGUUAAUGAAGUUGAAGGAUCAAUUCCAUCGAAAAUAUUACCUCAUAUAUAUUUAGGCUCAUUAAAACAUGCCCUGUGUUUACCAAUUUUAAAUAAAUUAGGAAUUCAAAAAAUCAUAUCAGUGGGAGAAUCAUUACCUUGGUUAAAUGGAUAUAUUUUCCAACGUCAUAAUGAUAUAACUAUAAAACAAUCAUCUAAUGGAAAUAUUGAAACUUAUACCAUUACUCCCAAGAAGAAAAUUUCUCUGAAUCAUAUAACAACUGUUGAUACUGUUUUAAAAGUAAAUAAUUUAGAAGAUGAUGGAAUUGAUGAAUUAAAUCAACGACUUCCAGAAAUUUUAAAAUUUAUUAAUGAUCAAUAUGAAAUUAAUCAAGGUAAAGUGAAAAUUUUAAUUCAUUGUCGAGUUGGUGUUAGUAGAAGUGCUACUGUUGUAAUUGCUGAAAUUAUGAAUCGUCUUAAAAUUAACUUACCAAUGGCUUAUCUUUAUGUUCGAGUAAGACGAUUAAAUAUAAUUAUUCAACCAAAUUUACGAUUCAUGUAUGAAUUAUUUAAAUGGGAAGAACAAAAAAAAUUAACUACUACCACCAAGAAGGGGCAGGUUGGUUAUUUGAGAGAAAUUGAUUGGUUUAUUAUGUGUCGAGAAAUAACUAAAUUGAAUACUCCAUAUCUUUAA